UAAUAUGUGGAUAAUAUUUAUUUUAUUUAUUUAUUAUUCUCGCAAGAAUGUUGGAAUUGACACGCUAUAAAUUCAUACUUUUGUCCACUGAUUCAUAAUCUCGUUGAACAUUUUCCAUGGAACAAUAGCCAGAAUGAGGUUUUUGGAGUGUGGAGAUGAGAAAUGUCAGGAUCUUGAUGAUGGUUCUUGAGCUUUUUAAAAUUAAGCAAAAGGGGGAUUUUUUUUGUUGUUGGUGGUGACGGUAGUGGUGUGAUUGUGUGUGUGUGUGUGUGUGAGAGAGAGAGAGAGUAGCUAAGCCGAGUAAAUUGGAGUGUGUGUGUUUGUGUGUUCCUUGCUUAUUUUGUGUAAAUGGCUGAAGGUGAAAAACAUAGGAUUUUGUUAGAUUCUUGAUUACUCAAUCAAAUUGCUACAAUGAGAUGAGAAAGGUCAGGAUUUUGAUGAGUUCUUCAUCUUUUUGUAAAUUAAGCAAAUGGUUUUUUUGUUGGUGUGUGUGUGUGGCAGAGUGAAGCAUUCAGUGUGUGUGACAUUUAAGAAUGUGGUUAGUUUCUUGAUUGCUCAAUCAGAAUGUAUUUAGAAUUGAAAUCAACUACUACAAGAAUUAGAAUUGUUUGAAAUGUCAAUUAUAUGGUUUGAAGUCAAAUGUAGUCACAAAUUCAUCUUCUUCGAUAGAUCACACUUUCUUGUUGUUUUCUUGAAACAAUGAAGAAAUUUGAAGGCAAUAGUAUCAUGCUAUGUUGUACUCCCACUACUCACUAUCCCAUGAGCUUCUACUAGUGCAUUUCAUGUUAUGAUUCGUGUUUUGCUAGCCCGUCUUCGUCUCACUUAUUAGCUAUGAUCCCAUAAUGAGCUUUGGAGAUGCAAAAAUCCUUAUUUGUUUCAUUUUGCCUCUCUGCAUUGUUCAAAUGGUGUAAUCUAUCUUGCUCAUGUCUCGAUAUCCAGUCAUACUUGAAUUGUUGAAUUUGGCUUAAAUUGCAUCCAAGUAGUACCUAUUCGAACCCUGAAGAGUUAGUUCUCGUGUGUUCGCUAUCAACUUCCCGUCAUCAACGGUUCUUUAGUUCUCAUGCGCUUGUUACCAACUUGUUGUCCUUCAUUGGAAAAUGAUAUUGGUUGUGCUGUUGUCGAUUUGAUUUUGCAGGAAAACUGGAAUCUUUGUGCUGUUACCGAUUUUGUGAAUGUGUGACGAGAAAGGAUUAACUUCCUAAACAUCGAGAAACCAUGGGUUACGUUGAGAAGUUUGAGGUAGGCAGCACAAAACAAGGCAGCAAUUUAGACAAACAAGUUGAAGAGCUUCCCAUAAAUGAUAGGGCUCUUGACGAGAAACUGCAGCUGCGGCCAAUGCCAGGAUCGACUCCUUGCACCAUCUGCUCGAGUGGGGAGAGCUGUAAGAUUGUCCGUUCGAGGACCAAAUUGAUGAACAUCUUGUUGGAACGAGGGAAGCCGCAGGAAGUCCAGUCGAUCUUCAACAAUUUGAUUCAGAGAGGGCAUAAGCCGUCUCUAGUGACCUACACCGCGCUCCUAACCUCGUUGACUGUUCAGAAACGCUUUGGUAACAUACAUUCAGUAAUCUCCGAGGUGCAGAGGAAUGGGAUGGAGCCGGACCCGGUGUUCUUCAACGCUGUGGUCAAUGCAUUCUCUGAAUCCGGGGACAUGGAUGGAGCUAUGAGAACGUUGUCGAAGAUGAAGGAACGCGGGAUCAAGCCAACAACGAGCACGUACAAUACGCUGAUCAAAGGGUACGGGAUUGCAGGGAAACCCGAUGAAUCUUUAAAGAUAAUGGAGCUCAUGUCGAGGGAAGCAAACACGAAGCCCAACGUGAGGACUUAUAACGUCCUUGUUAGGGCGUGGUGCAACAGGAACAACGUGGAGGAGGCUUGGGGUGUAGUGUCGAAGAUGGUGGCUUCGGGUGUACAGCCCGAUGCAGUGACUUACAACACGUUGGUGAAGGGCUAUGUUCAGAACAAGCAAACGGGUAAGGCGGAAGACGUGAUCAUGGAGAUGCAGAGGAAUAAUGUGCAGCCGAAUGAUAGAACUUGCGGCAUCAUAAUAUCCGGUUAUUGCAAAGAGGGACGAGUGAACGAGGCGCUGAGAUUCGUGUACAAGAUGAAGGGCUUUGGUGUACGCCCUAACCUCAUCGUUUUCAACUCGCUGAUCAAAGGGUUCCUCGACAUAUCGGAUAGGAACAGUGUGGAUGAGGUUCUGACGUUGAUGGAGGAGUUCGGAGUGAAGCCGGACGUGAUCACGUUUAGCACAAUCAUGAACGCGUGGAGUGCUGCGGGCUACAUGAUCAAGUGCAGGGAGAUUUUCGACGACAUGGUGGAAGCUGGGAUCAAACCCGACGCCCACGCUUACAGCAUUCUUGCUAAAGGCUACGUACGGGCCAAGGAGCCGGAGAAGGCCGAGGAGCUCUUGGACGCCAUGAAAACAUCUGGUGUUCGUCCGAACGUAGUCAUAUUCACCACUGUCAUCAGCGGGUGGUGCAGCAGUGGCUCGAUGGACUCUGCGAAGAGGGUGCACGGGAAGAUGAUCGAGUCUGGGAUCCCUCCAAAUUUGAAGACUUUCGAGACCCUAAUAGGCGGAUAUGCCGAGAACAAGAAGCCGUGGAAGGCCGAGCAGGUGCUCGGCCUCAUGGAGGAGGGAUUCAACGUUCGUCCCGAGAGAAGCACUGUCCAGCUCGUGGCUGAGGCGUGGCGCUCCAUUGGGCUCUCCAAGGAGGCUAACAGUGUGAGAGCGUCAUCGAGGAAGACGACCGCGACCACAACCUCAACGUCGCAUCCACCACCACCACCACCACCACCACUACCGCGAGCGGAACAAGAGACGCCAUCCACGGCUCAAGAGAGCUUGGAGUGGUUCUGUCAGAAAGAAGAAGCUCCGAACUCCUCCGUGGCAAGGCUGCAGAUACCGAGCGUGGUUCUGGGCGAUCAGAAGGGCCCGACCAAGCAGAGCCGGAUGGUGCUGAGAGAAACCGAGCCCUCCUUGUCCGAGGCGAGGGCUGUGAGUCUUACUUGUAGAUAUGGAGAACGAGGCGCUCCCAUGGCCAGCCAGAGGCGGCAGGUGUUUGCGUACGGGCAGUUUGCUCCGGCGUGCACGCUCCUCCUGCUGAACUGAAUGACGACGACUUCGGUUCAAGCGGAGGAGGCGCUGCUCCGGCUGAAGAUGGAUGCAUAGGCAAGUUUUAACUGACUAUUGUACAUAACAAAGGGGGUGGCAUUUGAUGAUCUUUUUGUUAACAAAUGGUUUGUAUUGGUUGUGAAGCAAACACUAAGCUUCUUCAUUUUUUGAAAGUUGUGGAAAAAUUA